AUGCUCGAUCGCAGCCGGCUUGUGGACCCUCGCUCACACAGCCUGGUUCCCAAACAUGAGACUGCUGGCCAUGGGGGCGCUUCCUUCAAAAAGAAUGCCACGGGGUGUCUCAAGGCCCCGGCAGCAGUUGCUCCUGUUCCGACCGGGAGAAGCAACUCUGCACUGCCCUUUCCCCCAAGCUUAAAGGAAGAGAAAGGGUCAGCUCUGGAGCCUUGGUUGUUUGUCUUAAGGCAUUUCAGAAAUGUUCAUGAAUGUGCCAAAGCUGGCUUUAGAAGGGACAUCCAAGUGUACACAGAGAACAAUCUCAGAAACACAAAAGAUUUCCUAACCUAUCACAUCCAUCGUGCAUGGUGGAGACGCUGGACCAGCUGCAGCAUUAUGUCAGGUUUAAUGGAAGUGGGAGGACCCACCCUGAACGUGGGACGAACCAUUGAUGGACAGAGGCCUCAGACUGAAUUAAAAAGAAGAAAAUGAGCUGAGAAGCCACGUUCAUCUCUGCAUCUUAACUGUGGUCACAAUGUGAUUGGCUGCCCCACACCCCUGGCUCCAGGACUUCACUACUGUGGUGGACAAUAUCCUCAAACUGUAAACAAAUAAACCCCUCCUUCCUUAA